UGGUUGGCAAUGGGUUUUAACAGAGAGGCAGUGUGUGGAGGAACAGAGAAAAGUGUUCUGGAGACCAAGAUAAAGGAUGGAAAACUGAAGGAUGCGGUGGUAAGGAGGUCUUGAAAUGUUCUCCUUCAGAUCUCCGUGGAGUGUCAGGAGUGGAAACAACUGGUGUCCUCUCAGGUCCACAGCAACAAGCAGCGGGUUCUGAGCAUCAGGUGACGGCUCAGACACAAGCCCCUCUUCUGUUUGCUCUUCUCCGGGGCUCCACUUUGACCACAGGAGUAGAGGAAGUGGACGCACCUCAACAAGUAUGACCGAAGGAUCCGCGGCCUGACGCGCUCUGGCGCCGCACGUUGGACCGGUGAGUGCGGACUAGUAUGAAGCGCCAUGGCUUGGUGUGACCGCGGGGUUCAAACGCUGCUGGCCACAGUGGGGGCUUUCGCUGCCUUCAGCCUGAUGACCAUCGCCAUCGGGACGGACUACUGGCUCUAUUCGCGGUCAUACAUCUGCAACAGCACCAAUGCCUCCACUGACGAGACCCAGUCGCAACCCAAAAGUAAGAAGGGCGAUCUCACGCACUCCGGGCUGUGGAGGACCUGCUGUAUUGAAGGCAUCAAUCAGGGCAGCUGCUUCAGAAUCAACCAUUUCCCCGACGACAACGACUACGACACCGACAGCUCUGAAUACCUGCUACGUAUAGUUCGAGCCUCCAGCAUGUUCCCCAUCCUCAGCACCGUCCUGCUGAUGCUCGGCGGGUUGUGUGUCGGCGUCGGACGAGUUUACAACAAGACCAACAACGUCCUCCUCAGCGCUGGAAUUCUGUUUGUAGCUGCAGGUCUGAGCAACAUAAUCGGCAUCAUUGUUUACAUCUCCAGCAACGCCGGAGACCCCAGUGACAAACGCGACGACGACAAGAAGUACACCUACUCCUACGGCUGGUCCUUCUACUUCGGCGCCCUCUCCUUCAUCGUGGCUGAAACGGUGGCCGUCCUCGCCAUCAACAUCUACAUCGAGAAAAACAAAGAGGUCCGUUGGAGGGCGCGGCGUGAGUUCAUCCGCUCACUCUCUUCCUCCUCGCCGUACUCAAGGAUACCAAGCUUCCGCUACCGCCGGCGGACGUCCCAUGCCAGCUCCCACUCCACGGAGGCCUCCCGGGAGAACUCGCCGGUGGUCGGCCUGAAGGGGGCACCUUCUUCCAGCGGGCCCCUCGACGAACUGUCCAUGUACGCCCUGGCGAGGGACAGCGUGACGGAGAACACAUACAGCCCCGAGCACGAGAGCGCAGAGUUCCUCCAGGUGCAUAACUGUUUCCCCAACGAUUUAAAGGACGGGGUGAAUCGCAGGACCACGCCGGUGUGAGAGGCGUCAACAUUCAUUCACGGAUUCACUCACGGAUAAACAGGAAAUGAUGGACUGAGACUCUUAUUUUGAAGGGACAGCUGAGCAGAGGAGAAGCCAAUUAACAGACUUAAUUAUCUGCUUUUAGAGCUCAUCAAAGCAGAGUUACUGUUGUCUGUGCCGUAGCCGACCAGAAAUCAGUGUUAUCUUUCAGCAGACGCUUCGGUCUAAUCGCCACUACACUUUGUGGGUAAACUUAAGGUUGAGGUGUGCCAAUCGAGCAGCGUUCUACCUGUAAAUUACACAACAAGGUGCUAAAUGAAACGUAACCUUCAACUUGAAAGUGUUCCAUUUGUGUUUGACGUGAAAGUGUGGACCGUGUCCUCGUGUUCGGUUUUAAUCGUAGCUUUGAAAGAGGCGAUGGGAUCUUAGAAUAAUGUGACACCUUUUGAACAAAUCUUUAUAACACAUCUUUGUAUGGCGGGAGCCGGUGUUUUUACGAAAUAGCUGCCUCGCUGAGUUGUAACGUGUUGAAUGUUUAGUAUUUUUAGCAGAUUGUACAUCCAAUCCUCGAAGUGAUAUGAAAGGUUUUGUCCCCCUCGCCGUCUCUUCCUUAAUCUUAUUCUUCUCUGACAUUUGUCGCCGGAACAAAAUGUUCUUUUCUGUCCAUGGAGCACCUCAGUUCAGCUCUUUAUUCACUUCCAUAUCAGUCUGCCGUCCUUCAGUCGCGGCCCCUGAUGGAUUGAGUAUUUUCCCGUCACAGAAGAAGAGCAGCCGGGGUGCCCAGAACUGUGCUCAGGUCAAGACUUCCUUUUCACUCUGAAUGGAGCCUCGUCAUCGAGCGUUUUACCGGAUAAAGAUCAGAUCCAGGCAGAGAAUAAAAGUCUGUCUGUCACACAGCCUGUGAGUCCAUCUGGUGGCCUCGUAUCCCCCCUCCUCAUGUCAGACGAAGGCAGAAUCAGAGGGAGCUGUGUGGCGCCACAGAUCUGAAGGAUUUGGCUCUAAUGUGAGGACAUGUGUGUGUAAAGCCAUCCUGCACAUCUGCUCUUUCUUUUAGUUCUCUCAGGAAAUACCGUGUUGUUGUGGCAGGUUGAACACUUUUGAGGUCCAGUUCUUCGCUUCGGACCGGUGAUAAAAGAAAACCUUGUGAAAAUGAUUUAAUAAAAAAAAAAUGUCAUUAUCGUAUAUAGUAAAAGCUGUGAGUGUUUGCUCGGCCGAAGCAACUGCAGAGUAGUAUUUGAUUGUACUUAGUGCGUCUGAUAUUCCAUCCAUAUAACCAGCUGAGCACAUGUAAAAGAAAAGCCAUCGGUGUGGUCCAUUCUGAGUGUAGAUCCUUCAUUUUUAUAUCCGGUGUGAGAAAAAAAACUGUUUGUUUGUAAUGUAAAGCUGUAAAGUUGUAUAUAAAAGCACAAUAAAAAACAAUGAAUGUGCAAAGACAUGAACAGAAUA